UGCACCAUGAACCUAGAGUGUAUGGCAGAGACGAAGAUAAAAGAAAGAUAAUUGAUUUGAUUUCGAGCAUUGAAGCUAGUGAUGUGAAAGUUGGAGUAAUACCCAUUGUUGGGAUGGGUGGGGUGGGUAAAACAACACUUGCCCGGCUUGUCUACAAUGACGAGUUAUCACAACAAAAUUUUCAUCUAAAAGCGUGGGUUUGUGUGUCUGAUGAGUUUGACAUUUUGAGAAUAACAAAGAGCAUUCUUGAGUCAAUCACUUUGCAGUCUUGUGAUCUAAAGGAGCUCAAUCAAGUUCAACUCCAACUGCAUCAGUGGCUAGCAGGAAAGAAGUUUUUGAUUGUUUUGGAUGAUAUCUGGAACAAUAAUUUUGAUGAUUGGAACACUCUGUGUUCUCCACUUGUGUAUGGAGCUCCAGGAAGUACAGUGAUUGUGACAACACGUGAUAUGUCUAUUGCACGAAUGAUAAAAACAAUUCAAUCUUACAAUUUGAAUUGUAUUUCAAAUGAAGAUUGCUGGUUAUUGUUUCUUGACCAUGCUUUUCAUAGCCGAAGUGUUCCAGUUGCUGGUCCAAAUUUGCAAGUCAUUUGCGAAAAAGUCAUAAACAAGUGUUGUGGCUUGCCUUUGGCAGCAAGGACUUUGGGUGGCCUUCUACGCUCAAAACCAAGGGAGGAUUGGGAAAAUGUAAUGAAUAGCAAAAUCUGGUAUUUGCAAGUUGACAACAACGAAAUUCUUUCUGUGUUAAGAUUAAGUUACUAUCACCUCCCUUCACAUUUAAAGAGAUGUUUCGCUUAUUGUGCAAUAUUUCCCAAGGAUUAUGCGUUUGGAAAGAAGCAACUAGCGCUUCUAUGGAUGGCAGAAGGUUUAAUUGAGCAACGAGACGAUCAGCUUAUGGAGGAUGUGGGUGAAGAGUAUUUUCAAGACCUAUGUUCUAGAUCACUUUUUCAAGCUUCAAGCACUAGUGGAUUUGUAAUGCAUGACCUCGUGAAUGAUCUAGCUCGAGUGGUUGCUGGAAAUACUUAUUUUAGAUUGGAGGAUGAAUUUACUGCAAGAAUGCAAGAAAAAGCUCGCCACUCUUCUUACAUUCCUGCCAUCUUUGAUCGCUGUGAAAGAUUUGAGCCGUUUAAAAAGAUCAAGCAUAUGCGAACUUUUCUACCCUUAUCGCUAAGCUAUCGAAAGUGCUACUUAGCAAAUUGCAUUCCUUCUUAUUUGUUAUCAAAGUUGCCAUGCUUAAGGGUUCUGUCCUUCAAUCAUUAUAAUAUCACUGAGCUGCCAGAUUCAAUAGGUGACUUGAAGCAUCUUAGGUAUCUUGACCUUUCAUACACCCCUAUUAGAACAUUACCUGAGACAACAACCUCUCUUUGCAACUUACAAACUAUGCUACGGAAAAGAUGCGAGUGUCUCAAGAAAUUGCCUUCAAAAAUACAGAAUCUGAUCAACCUGCGACAUCUUGAUAUGCGACACACAUUUGUUGAAGGGAUGCCAUUGGGAAUAGAAGAAUUGAAAAGUGUUUGUACAUUGUCUGAUUUUGUUGUAGGGAAAGGUAAUAAAGUCGCUAUAACAGCUUUGAUGAAUUUAAAAUUUCUUCAAGGGGCACUCCGCAUUUCAAGUUUGGAGAAUCUGACUAAUGCUUCAAAUGUAGUGGGAGCCAUCUUAAUGGACAAGGAGAGAAUAGACAAGGUGGUGAUGAAAUGGGGAUUUCGAAAUACACGAAAUGCAAGUCAUGAUAGAGUUGUACUAGAGAAGAUGAAACCACAUGGAAAUUUGAAAGAGCUCACUGUAAGGGGUUAUGGUGGUACCGAAUUCCCAUCAUGGGUUGGGGAUCCUUUAUUUUGUAAUCUGGUGCACCUAAAGUUGUGGAAUUGCACAAAAUGCACAACCUUGCCUCAACUUGGGCUGCUUUGCUCUCUCAAGGACUUGUUUAUCAAAGGGCUUCCCAAUGUAAAAGCAGUUGGUCGUGAGUUUUAUGGGGAGAGUAUGAGUAACUCAAAUCCUUUUCCAGCUCUUGAGACUCUGCACUUCUACUGGAUGAGUGAAUGGGAAGAGUGGAAUUUUUGUGGAUAUGAAUUCUCUCAUCUACGUGAUCUUUCCAUUGUUAGGUGUCCCAAACUGUUCGGAAAAUUACCCAGCCAUUUGCCUUCAUUGCAAAAGCUUGAGAUUAGACAAUGUACGCAAUUGGUGGUUUCAUUUCAAAGCCUUCCGGUGAUAUAUCACUUGGUAAUCUAUGGUUGCAGAAAGGUUAAUUUGGGUGGAGGCUUAAGCUCGGCAAACCUCAUGAUAAUUCGUGAUGUAGAAUCAUUUUUAUUUCCAUUGAAUGAGUUUUUUCAAAACCUAAGAAAGCUACAAAAGUUGACUGUUGUUGGUUCUUAUGUCUCAGAUUACGAUUACCCACAUCCCUCUCUUCCACAUUGGGUGCUAUUUGAAAAUGAAGAGUUUUCGCAAAAGGGCAUCGCUGAAAAUGAAGAGUUGUUGCGAAAGGGUGUUGUUGAUUGUGAAAUUAAAAUUUUGGAAUUAAGAGGUUGUAAAAGCCUUGAGAAACUACAGCCAUGGCUUCACAGCUUUAAGUCUCUGAGAAAGCUAUAUAUUGAAUGCUGCCCAAAACUUAUUUCUUUGCCGGAUGCAGUGAUUUACAGCAGUUUGUGUCUUAAGGAGUUGAAAAUUUUUAGUUGUGAAUCUUUGAUUUCUAUUGGAAGACACCAGCUACCUCCAACUCUAGAAAGGCUAGAGAUAAGUCGUUGCCAUAAGUUGCAGAGGCUGCUGGAUGUGGGAGAGGCUUGUUCAUCUUCUAGGGUUACAGAUGAGGGAAGUAUCAGCUGCAACACUAACUCUCCUAAUCUUCAGCAUUUGAAAAUUGGUGGCUGCCGCUCUCUUACAUUCUUAGGGGAGUUACCUUCUUCCCUCAAACAUCUGGUUAUCAACUAUUCCAUAUUUGACAGUGGAAGAGUAGGUGCAAUUUUAGAGUCAAUAAUUGAAAGGUUCGACAACAACACAUCUCUUGAAUCUAUUGAAAUUGGAUAUCUUCCUUAUCUUAAAUCCUUACCUGAGAACUUGCACAUGCUCACCAAUCUCCACCACAUUUCAAUAGUUCACUGUCCAAGUAUUGUUUCUUUCCCGCAGGGAGGGUUGCCUCUGAUUCAUUUGAAAAGCCUUAGAGUUGAGGAUCAUGAGAAACUCGUGGCCCUUCCCGAUAACAUGUUCAAUCUCACAUCUCUUCAAGAAUUCACUAUAAAGAAAUGUCCAAGUGUCGCUUCUUUCCCUCGUGGAGGGUUGCCCACCGCCCAUCCAAAAAACUUAUAG